AUGUCGACCCCUGAUAAAGGACAAGUCAUCACUGAUGAUAAUGAAAAUGUCAUCACGAGUGAUCCUGACUCUCACAAUGCAUCUCCGAAUAUUCAAAGCGAACAAGAUGGUGUUCGGGUAGCUGAUGCAGUCACCAAGAGUUGGUCUAAGAGGUCACUCUGGGUGUGUUAUGCUUGUAUGUGGCUGUUGUAUUUCAUCAACAACUUGAAUAGUAGUUUGACCACCAACCUAUCGGCAUACAUCACCAGUGACUUCCAGUCGCAUUCUUUGCUGACUGUGAUCACUGUCAUCACUAGCGUUAUGUCUGCUGCAUGUUUGAUGCCGAUCGCCAAGGUGUUGAACUUAUGGGAUCGUGCUUUGGGUAUGUGUAUCAUGGUUCUAAUUGCCAUUAUGGGUCUCAUUAUGAUGGCCUGUUGCAAGAAUAUCGCGACCUAUUGUGCUGCACAGGCAUUCUACACGGUCGGCCUUACAGGUCUUAUUUUCGCCGUCGAUGUCAUUACUUCGGAUACCUCAACCCUUCGCGACCGAGGUCUUGCCUAUGCUUUUACAUCAUCCCCGUCAAUUAUAACUGCGUUCUCCAGCCCAUCACUUGCAAAUCAGUUCCAUGAGUCAAACUGGCGAUGGGCUUACGGGCUAAUUGUUAUUAUCCUUCCGAUUGUGGCAGCCCCGCUGGUCGUGACUUGGGAACUUGCCAAAAGAAAAGCAGACAGGGAGGGACGUCUUCAAUACAAGGCGAAGAGUGGAAGAACUUGGUCUCAAAGCAUGUGGUUUUAUAUUAUUGAAUUUGAUGUCGUUGGUAUCUUACUUAUGACCGGUGGAUUGAUCAUGUUUCUAACUGCAUUUAAUGUUGCCGGAAACACUAAAGGAGAAUGGAAGUCCCCCAAGAUCAUUGCUCUGCUCGUCGUCGGAUUUGUCGUCCUCAUCGGAUUCGCCGUAUACGAGAAAUGGGGCUCACCGAAACCAUUCAUUCCCUGGCACUUAAUCUGUAACCGUACUGUGAUCGGUGCAUGUUUACUUGACGUCACAUAUCAGAUUUCCUAUUAUUGCUGGGUCAGCUACUAUACCUCCUUCCUGCAGGUAGUUUUCGAUACCACUCUGACCCAAGCUGGUUACAUUAGCGCCAUAUUUGAUCUCAUGGACCCUGUCUGGUUAAUUGGAUGUGGUUUCCUCAUACGAUGGACGGGCCGAUUCAAGUGGAUUUUGAUGUGUGCCGUCCCACUCUACCUCCUUGGUAGCGGUCUAAUGAUUCACUUCCGCAACCCCGGAUACAGCCUUGGGUACAUGUGCAUGACUCAGAUCUUCCUCGCUGUUGGUGGCGGAACGAUGAUUCUUAUCGAACAGGUCGCUGUUCUUGCAAGCGCUGAUCAUGAGAAUUAUGCCGCUAUGUUGGCUCUGCUGAGCACAUUUGGAAACAUUGGCGGUGCUAUUGGUAGCAGUGUCUCAGGUGCUCUGUGGACCAAUACUCUUCCGGUUAAGCUUCGGGAAUACCUGCCAGCUGAAACAAAGGAUCAGUGGGAGACUAUCUAUGAGUCUCUCGAUGUGCAGCUGAGCUACCCUGUUGGGUCUGCGACUCGUACCGCGAUCCAAGAUGCGUAUGCUUCUACUCAGCGGAACAUGACUAUCGUCGGUACGGCUAUCAUGGCUUUGUCUAUUGGUUGGGUUCUGAUGAUGAGGAACAUUAAGGUCAAUGAUAACAAGGAUGUUGCACAAGUCUUGUUCUAG